GAUCUGUAUUGUCGAAGGCUUUCAUGGCUGGAAUCACUAGGUUCUUGUGGGUUUUUUCGGGCUAUAUAUGUUUAUCUUUUUAUUUCUUCUUUCUUGACCAGGUAAUGAGGAGCCACCUCUGGUGUGACAAGAAACAAACCAACUUCUAGUGGAUAUUGAGGAAUUUGGACACCAAAGAGCAAUAAGGAAACUAGUCCUAUAGGAAAAAGAAAUCCUCUCAAGGUGCUGAUCACGCUGUAGAUCAGAAAGGGAAAAACAAGAAUCGAGUGUCCAUCUUGCAAAACAUAUCAUAGAAUUAUAGAGAUGGAAGAGACCUCGCAGGCCAUCCAGUCCAACUCCCUGGCAAAAGGCGGGAAAAUCGCAUUCAAAGCACAUAACACUAUCAAAAUGGAGGAUGAAGAUUAUAAAUGUAUUGAAUCUGGAGAGGGCUUUAGUCAGCAUGGACAUCUGAAGACACAUCAAAGGACUCGCACUGGGGAGAAACCCUAUAAAUGCUUGGAAUGUGGGCAGAGUUUCACUCAGAAGCGAAACCUACAGUCACAUGAAAGGACGCACACUGGAGAGAAACCCUAUAAAUGCCUGGAAUGUGGACAGAGCUUCACUAGGAGUGGACAUCUACUUUCACAUCAAAGGACUCACACUGGGGAGAAGCCUUAUAAAUGCCUGGAGUGUGGACAGAGCUUCACUGAGAGUGGAAGUCUACGUAGCCAUCAAAGGACUCACACUGGAGAGAAACCCUAUAAAUGUCUAGAGUGUGGAAUGAGCUUCAGUCAGAAUGUGAAUUUACGUUCACAUCAAAGGACUCACACUGGGGAGAAACCCUAUAAAUGUAUGGAGUGUGGAAUGUGUUUCACUGAGAGUGGAAGUCUGCAUAGACAUCAAAGAACUCACACUGGGGAGAAACCCUAUGCAUGCCUGGAGUGUGGAAUGAGCUUCACUCAGAAGGGACAUCUACGUUCACAUCAAAGGACUCACACUGGAGAGAAACCCUACACAUGCCUGGAGUGUGGAAAGAGCUUCAUUGAGAGUGGAAGCCUACGUUCACAUCAAAGGACUCACACUGGGGAGAAGCCCUAUAAAUGCCUCGAGUGCGGAAUAGGCUUCACUCAGAAAGGCAAUCUACAUUCACAUCAAAGGACUCACACUGGAGAGAAACCCUAUAAAUGCCUGGAAUGUGGACAGAGCUUUACUAGGAGCGGGUAUCUCCUUUCACAUAAAAGGACUCACACUGGGGAGAAACCUUACAAAUGCCUGGAGUGUGGACAGAGCUUCACUGAGAGUGGAAGUCUACGUUCACAUCAAAGGACUGACACUGGGGAGAUAACAUAUACAUGCCUGGAGUGUGGGCAGAGCUUCACUAAUAUUAACUGUCUACGUUCACAUCAAAGGGCUCACACUAGGGAGAAACCGUAAAAAUGUCUAGAGUGUGGAAUAAGCUUCAUUCGGAAUGUCUAUCUGCAUUCACAUCAAAGGACUCAGACUGAGGUGGAAACCCUAUAAAUGCAAGGAGUACAGAAAGAGCUUCACAGAGUCACAGUCUACAUAAACAUCAUAGAAUCCACACUGGAAAGUCUUUCUAACAUAUGUAUUUAUUUAGGAUAUUUCUACCCCAUCUUUC